CUAGCCUUGUAUGUGGUGUUUUUCUGCAGUUUGUCCACUAGUAUGAGCUCCUCUGUUUGGCUGAACUUCUUCUACUACACCCAGAUUGUACCUGCACAGAGAGCUAUCUUCAUCUGGAUUAAGAAGAAUAUCAAAUCCGUCAUCUUCUGCAUUCGGCUCACUGAGGGAAUUAACAUUUGUCUGGCAAGGGCCAAUUUAAUUUUCUGUGUGUGUGUUAUGGUGAUGUCCAGUGGUUCUACCGUAGUCUACCUGAGCAGACACAUGCGUUGUAUGGUAGCAAACGGACAGCCAAUCUCUGGUCCACAGCUCAGCGGUCAAGCACUACGUUCAGCCUGGGAGCUGGUCAGGCUGUAUUCAGGCAGAGAGCAGCAGACAUCUGGCUCAGAGCAGCUCGCUUCUGCAAAGCAACUCAAGUACAACAGUCUGAACAAAGAGGAUGAUACCAAAGCCUAA